CUACAGGUAGACUAUUGACUCUCCCGUAGUCCCGUCUGCACUCGUUGGUUCACGCGACUUGUUGAUUAAAAUAAAUAGUAUUUUGUUUAAAUUUACUGCGGUACACGUUACACUCAUUAUUUGUAUCGUAAUUCAUCAGGAUCAAUAAUAAUAUGUAUGAAAUAGUCAUCAGUCAUAUCUGACUACUUUAAUAUCAGAAUGUGUGUUUGGAAAAUAUCGGAAAACUAUAUUACAAUUCAUAACUUAUGAAUAAUGAUGAUAGACGAUAGUAGUAUCUAAGUACCAACUCGUACGGUGUACGCAGCUAUGAAAUCAAAUGUAUGUAACAGUUACAUAUUUACGUCAAUAAAUUGAUAUAACAAUAUAACAUAAUAUUAUAUACUCAUCAACGAUCAGACUAACCUACUGGUAGUAAAUGCAAUAGAAUUGAAAGAAAUUACAAAAAACGAUGUUUGGGCAUACUGCAGAAUGCAGAGGUAUUAUAUUAUACAGAAAUGCGGAAUGCACACAGCAUUUUAGUUGGUUUGUUCUUCGAUAAUUUAUGGUCAGUGGAGGGGUAGAAAGGAUCGGCAUGAUAUAUAUUAUAAAAACACUCAUUUUUGUCGUAUCGGAGCAGAUAGGUAUAUACCUACCGCCUACCUAAUGUUUCGUAUGAAUUUAAUUCUUUUAUGACAAUAUUUAAAGUAACAAUAAAGAUAAUAGUAAUAAUAUAACGCCAUACCAUUAUAUAGUAUCAUUCUACCUACGCAAUACGCAGUACGCACUGCGACGGCUGUACAGGGGUUCCUGUCGCACACGGAUACGGUUCCUAUGCCCGUUUCGAAAUCACGUCGUUGGGUAAUGGUACCCAUGCAAGUACGCAACAAGCAUAUUUUUUUGUGUUACGAAAUUAAAUAUUUCAUUCGACAUGUGACGGAGCUUUGCAGCUAUACCUACCUAUGUCAUGACCAUCGCACGAGACCACGUGGCUACAAAGUAUAUAUGUUUUUUUAUUACCAGAAACGUUCGUCAAAAAAAUACAGAGCAGCGCAUAUGACAUACGGUUUAGAAACUGAAACAGAUAUAUUGAUACAUGCACUAAAACCACUUCAUGGAGACUGUAAUGUUUUCACAAGGCUAUUGCCCAAGCUAAACAUUGUACAACAUCCACACUCUGCAGCUGUAUAUUUGCAUUUAUAUACAUCAGUAUGUAUAGCAUUUAUCGUGGAUUAUAUUUAAUAGCUGAUAAUAGUAUACGUUAUUAUUACUGGUUAGUUGUUACAAUGUUACCUACGUAUAAGUUACAACAAAUAAUUUAAUUAAAACCUCUUAAACUGUGA